AUGUCUACCCAACUCAAUCCCCACAAGCGGAUCCUAAUCAUCGGCGCCGGCAUCGGCGGCCUAACCCUCGCCCAAUCCCUCAACCUCCACUCAAUCCCCUAUGCAAUCUACGAGCGCGAAUCCUCCGCCUCCGUCAGAAAACAAGGCUGGGGCCUCACAAUCCAAUGGUCCCUCGAGGCCAUGGCAACGCAUUUCCUCCCCGAGACAUUUGAUCGACUUUGUCAGGCGCAGAUUGAUCGCGAGACGGGGCUGGAUGGGACGAGGAGGGUGCCGUGGGUUAAUGGGGAAUCGGGGGUGGUUGAGGGGAGGAGGCCUGCUAGUCGGAAGUUUCGGUUUCGGAGGAGUGGGAUUCGGGAGGCGUUGAUUGGGGGGGUUGAUGUGCAGUGGGAUAAACAACUUGUCGAUGUCAGGCGAACCGAGGAUGGAGUUCAGGUUGAAUUCUCGGAUGGUACAACGGCUACCGGUGAUAUUCUAGUCGGGGCAGACGGUGCCAUGUCAGCUGUCCGCAAAGUCCUAGCUCCGACUACGUACCCAGCCCAGAACCUUCCUAUCAACGCCGUGGCGACAGGCCUCCCUGUCACUGAAGAUCAGUAUAAGCGGAUCAAGGAGACCAUCGAUCCUCUAUACUUCCUCGCUACGCACCCAGAAACGAAUACUUGUCUUUUCUGGUCACUACAAAAUACUCCUAAGCAACCAGGCGACUCAUACACAGCACAGAUGUUUCUAUCAUGGCUCAAGUCCGACAAGGACAAUGCCCACGACGAAGAAUUACUCAAGACAUCCCGGCGCGAAGUGUUUAUGAAGCGGGGGAAAUCGUUCUUCGGGCCCGUGGGCGAAAUGGCCGCAUCGCUUCCUGAGGAUGCGCAGGUCGCUGUUGUUGGUAUGAUGGAUUGGCCGUACGUUGAGUGGGAUACUUGGGGUGGGCAGUGUACGUUGAUUGGGGAUGCUGCGCAUUGCAUGACUCCUUUCCGCGGCGAGGGCGUGAACCACGCGAUUGUCGAUGCUUGCUAUCUGGCUGAUAAGCUGAAACUGGCAGUUGGCGGAAAGAUCUCGGCGAAGGAUGCCAUAGAACAGUACGAAGAGGAAAUGCGACCGAGAGGACUCGAAGCCGUGCAGAAUAACAGACAGGCUGGAUUUGAGGCACAUUCCUACACCACCCUCGCCAAGGGAGGUAGUUCUACAUUCUUAGAACUAAAGUAA